AUGAGCCAAAUCGCAGAGCUAGAAGCUCCCCUCUCCCCUCCCGCACCUGUCUAUCUCAGAUCAUCGCCUCCGUUCCCUUCUGCAGAACAGAGUCCCCCUCCGAUUGCCAAUUCGUCACCCACAAGUUCGGCCAAACGUGUCUCGAGACUUUCGCUCACUGAAAUGCCGAAGAGGAAGCCAAUCUCGGUUCCUGGGCUGGAUGCUCACGAGACUGCUGUCAUGCAUCAUUCACCUGUCUCCCCAGUGAGAAUUGACGAUGCCUCUGUCAUACCCGAAGCUUCGUCUGCCUUUGUUGAAGACGUAAGAAACCUGAGAUUAUCCCAGGGCUCAGCGGACAAUUUCGAGUACCAGGGGUAUCCUCCGCGACGAAGCUCCUUAUACCAAAACGAGAACCAAUACGUGCAAGAUUACCACAGGCCGAUGAACGGCAAAUCAAAUAUCCCUCCCAGGGGCGAUUCACUCGUCCAGAAUGGAAUGCAACAUGCUUUGUCGCAUAUGGACACCCACAGUGGCGAGGCUGAUUCCCGGAGAUCAUCAAGCAGAGAAAGCAUGGAAAGCUUCCCUGAGCAUCCCCAGGAACCCGAAGUUUAUCAGCCUCUACAGUACCACCAUCAACCUUUCCAGGAGCAUUUGCUUGACCGUGUCGGCCAUCGGGGAUCAAAAAGCACAGUGAGAUCAACUUCUGAUUCCUCUUCCACCGGAGGACAAUCAAACUACCUUACUCCAGGCGGUUUAGCGGUUCCGCGGCCAGCUUCCACAUACUCUGAUGGCAGAGGUCGAACACGAUCCCUGCAACUCUCUCCAUAUGGCCACGCGCGCGCGGUAUCCUCCCAUUCGGCCGCUUCUCCGGACACCAGGCCUCUCUCCUUUGUCGACUUGAUGAAUGUACCGUACCCACAGCCACCCCCUGCGCCCGCAGUACUUAGUAACGCCCAUUUGCGCUCCUCUGUCGGAAAUAGUGCUUCACUACUAAGCCAUAAGAAGACGUUCGAGAUGUAUUUGGCUAAUGUCAAGAAAACCAACGAUUCAGGAGCGCAAUAUGAGUUUGCUGUCUUCAUGAUCCAUGCAUCCCAAGAAGGUUCUCGACCUGAUUCACCAGCAACCUCCAAACAGCAGGAAAUUGGUUCGGAUAUUUCUAAAGCGGAAUUGUUACGAGAAGCCAAAGCAAUUCUACAGCGCUUGGCUGACCGAAGCUAUCCAUAUGCUCAAUAUUACCUUGGCGAUGGUUAUGCAUCCGGCCUCUUUAAUAAAGGAAAACCAGACUACGAUAAAGCUUUUCCUCUGUUUGUUGCUGCAAGUAAGCAUGGGCAUGCGGAAGCCGGAUACCGUGCUGCGCUCUGUUAUGAAUUCGGUUGGGGAAGCAGGAAAGACGGUGCCAAGGCAGUUCAAUUCUACCGUCAAGCGGCAUCGAAAAACCACCCUGGUGCCAUGCUCCGACUGGGAAAGGCAUGUCUAAAAGGGGAUAUGGGACUGGGCAAACGCUAUCGAGAAGGAAUCACUUGGUUGAAGCGAGCGACGGAGUCGGCUGAUUUCCAAUACAAUACCGGACCCUAUGAGCUGGGACUUCUCCAUGAGACUGGGUAUGGCGACGACGUUUUCCAAGAUGAGUCUUAUGCAGCACAACUGUUUACCAAGUCUGCGGAGCUUGGUCAUGCCGAGUCCAAUUACCGUCUUGGGGAUGCAUAUGAGCAUGGAAAAUUAAGCUGUCCACGAGACCCGGCGCUCAGCGUUCAUUUUUACACGGGAGCCGCCCAACUAGGCCAUCCAGUGGCCAUGAUGGCCCUUUGCGCCUGGUUUAUGGUCGGAGCCGAACCGAUGCUCGAAAAAGAUGAAUACGAAGCUUACGAAUGGGCGAAAAAGGCGGCCGAAUGCGGACUUGCGAAAGCAGAGUAUGCAGUGGGCUACUUCACCGAAAUGGGCAUUGGCUGUCGGCGUGAUCCUCUUGAAGCCAACGUGUGGUACGUUCGCGCAGCUGAUCAUGGUGAUGAACGUGCCAAACACCGCAUUGCCGCGAUUAGAGCUGCUGCAUCCGGGGCAGAUCCCAAGUCAGCGGCGAGGCGGAACCAUGGAAAGGCUGGCAAGUCCGACGGUUCACCCAAUGAUAAAAGCAAGGGCAAAAAAUUUGGCAUUUUCUAA